UUCAAAUGGCCUUUGCAUCCCACAGGCCAAGCUACAAUUUUGGAGAAAAAGGGGUUUCUUAACUUACCGUUGCAGAUUUUGCAACUUAACCCAGCCUGUAGCUUUGGGUAUGGAUAUCUCCAGUCUGGCCAUUGCUGUAGGCCCUACCUAUCCCAGGUCUCACCCGCUGUAAUUCCCAAGUAUUGUCAGACUUGAAAAACUUGCUUAAUUGUUUCAGCAGAAUUUAGUGAAAGUAAAAUCCUGUUGAAGGCAUUUUUAUAGAUGUUGGUCACUCUGCUGUGAUGUUGACAUGAUACUCAGGAACACUUUUAUAAGUCAUCACUUAAACCUUUUUAAGAUUCUAUAAAUACAUUAUUUUCUGUACAAACAUGUUGGCAGGUGAUACGCACUUUGACAGUUGCUCAAGUGCCUCUUUGAAGACAUUUAAUCUUUUCCUACUGCUGCAUGCCAUAAAAACUGAUCCUUAGAACAGUUACUCUGGACUUCUGGACUGUGAGCAUGAAUUUCUACUUUUCUUUUUCUUUUCUUUUUUACUUUAAACUGUCAAGUUAAAGGCUUUUGGUCUUGGACCCUAUUUUUAUAUAUAGGAAAAUGGUGAUAAAUGCAGGUGUAAAUGCAAAUCCAAAAGAAUAAUCCUACCUGAAAGACAAAUCUGGAGAUGAACUUGUUUGCAUUGUGAUUGGAUCUCAGCCACAUCAUCUGAACAUCUGUCAGUGAAGUCACCCUCCUCAGAAUAAUAUCUGGCCACCGUCUUUCUGCUACCUAUCCUCCACGUCAAAAAGCUAAAGGCAACUUCCUCUGCAAAGAUGGACACCCAUACAGCAGCAUGGCUCUAUUAAAACUACUGCUAUCUGCAAUAGUAAUUGCAAAUGUCAAACCUAGCAUUAAUGUUUGCUAGUUAGUGUUCCCCACUAUUUUGCCCGUCUGCUAUCUGGACCAUCUAGACCUGACCAAGAAAUGGCUUGGCACAGUGCCCCUGUAAAACUGCCUUUUUUUUUUGUAGGUAGACAAUUCUUUUUGACUAGGUUUACUGUUUUCCAGUCUCUAUGCUUGGUUUGUUUGUUGCUAUCAUCUUCAUAAAAGCCAUCAACCUUCUCUUCUAACUGUCUGCAAGACACAGAAAGUGUGGAUGUAUGAAUACAUACAUAACAUGUGUUUGCUUGUUUCCUGGAGUGUACAGUUCCUUGGACAAGUGAUAAAAUUUGUCUCAGUUAUGCAGCUGGGUACACAUAUUGUGCUUUGUGUUUACAUGAAGUUAGUUUCUGCCUCAAUCCUUCAGGUACAACACAGAAGGUGUAUGUACAGCAUGUGGUCACAGGCGCUAUGUUUUCUUUCAGUUUAGCUGCACCAUGUUAGAUAAGUCUGCCCACUCAAAUUACAAAAUAAAAUCAGUUGUAGGAGUGAAAAUUAAGCCCCGUCAGUGACAUAUGAAAGUUCUCAGCUUUAGGUUUAUGGGUGUGCACAGAUUGUGGUCAUUCCAGUUUGUUUGUGUGUCAGGUGAGAGGAGUGUGCUGCAGUAGAAGGGUGUGAUUAAUUGGUGGGUUGAGACAGGAAAAUGCUGAGGGGUGUGUUUGAUCCAUGAUGCUUUAAUCUAUUUAUUGCUGCCUCAUGAUUGGAAUCAGCAGCAGAUGUAUUCCUCUGUGCAUAUGAAAGAGGGUGUGUGUUUGUGUCAACUGAAUGACUAUUGCACAGAUGAUGCCUAAUUUGAAACAGGCCAGUCCUGCUCUGUGUGGAAUAACUUCUGCCUCAGCUUGUAAAUAGAAUUAAUCUACAUGAUGUUGCAGCACAAAGAUUUAUUACUGUGUGAUUUUCUAAAUUCAGUAAGUACCUCCAUUGGGGUCAUGUGCAGUCAAUUUAAGAGGCUCUGCCAUCACUCAGACUGAAUAUUUUCAUUUUAUCAGUUUGUGUGACUGAUACUGGCUUGGUUACAGCUGUCCUUUUAUGUGCAGCAUCUUUGUAUGUGUUUCUCAGUGUAGCAGUAACUGGACUUUAAUCAAACUAUGCUCAAACUUUUCUGGGAUUCUCCCUUUUUUGCUGACAUAAUUCAUUUAAAUUUUAUUUGUAUAGCGCCAAAUCAUAAUGUAGAUUAUCUCAAGGUCAAGACCAUACAUUUUUUUUAAUAUAGAGAAACCCAACAGUUCCCACAAUGAGCAGCACUUUGGCGACUGGAGAGAAAAGAAGAAGUUGAUGCAUUAAAAACACUUUGGCCUUGCCUUGACCUUGGCUAAUAUACAUAUUACUUUGGUCACAAAAACACUUACAAUCUGUGAAACCUUCAUAAACAACCCUAUUUUGAGAAUAUUGCCAUUGUUGACUGUGAAAAAGAUCUACCUGGCUCAAUUAGAUUCUUCCGAGCAGUAUUUCAUCUCUUGUUGAUGCCUAGUAAAGUAACUGUUUUACAGCAACAGUGUGUAUCUCAUACAAAACUUCAGUUGUAGUUGAGUAACAUCGAUUGAUCCAUGGUGUGUAACAUUAAUGCUGGUAUGGGAUUUAAAGUAUUCCAGUGACGUAACUGAUGUCUUGUUCUUGUGUAACGUCAGAUGAAAAACCAGGUGACACAGACAGAAGAGGAGCUAAGAAAGAGACCCCUCCAAUAAAGGAUGUGGGCUGGAAGCUGCGAGAUGCUCUAAAGCAGCAGCUGGCCAUCAUCCACGAACGUGUGGAGGCCAAGAAGCUCGCCAAGCUGGCCCUGGCUGAAGUCAGACAGCUCCUGGCCAAGGAGGAGGAGGAGGAGAAGCUGGAUGUGGGGAGGAAGGAAAUGAAAGCCAGGGUGAAGGAAAGAGUCUCUGCCAGACUGAAGGAGGAAGAGGAGAAGAUGGAGAAAGAACAGAUGGAGAAUGCUCUGGAGAAACUACGACAGGAAAAAGCGAAACAACUGGAUGAGAUAAAGACAGAGGAGAGCAAGGAAGAGGGAGAGAAGUCAAAGAAAGGAGAGGAGGAAAAGGAAGAGGGGGGAGGAAGGAAAGCACAGGAGGAGAGGGGUAGAGGGAGAGAAUCUGGCAGAGAAAAAAGGAAGAAAAGCAAAGACAGUGGAGGCAAGAAGUGAUGACAGAGGUGCCAGUGUUAUUCAAUCAUUAUUAGUUCAAAAUAAAAUCUUCUCAGAUUUAUAUACCUGUUCUACUUCAAUUCAAUAUAAAUCUAAACUAAACCUUAGUCAUUUUUACAACGGUUUUUGUACAUCGACUCAUAUUCAGAAACUAACAUUUGCAAAGUUUGGUCUCUUUUCAUCCCAAAAAGGUGAAGGACAAUUUAAGCAUUAAUGCUUCAAAAUCAUUGUUUUGGUAUACGUACCAAUAUUUGGUGGUAUUAUUUCAAUGACACCUCCCUCUGUUUGGUUGAUGUUUAGAUCAGGGGUUGUCAGCUGGCCCACAUAUAUCACCACUAUGACCAUCAUGGUGCACCCAUUGGAUAUUACUGAGUUUAAUACGAUUUUAGAAUAUUGAAAGAAAAACAAAUUUGCAGUCAAGAAAUAUAAUGCAACAAAAUUAAACAUGUUAGUAAAGCACAUUGUUAAUUGGACUCCCUAACAGCAAAACCUUAGCAUGCUCUCUUUCCAGCUCGGUUAAUUUAAUAUAUUAUGUGUCAUAAUUGCCUUUGGCCAUGCUCUGGAUUGUGCUAGCCACCUUAGCUCUCUGUGCUACCAGAAAAAUGAAGAGUCUCAAGGGACCUGCAAAAACCAGGGUACCAGGGCUGCUUUCAAACAUGUGCUGCGAUGCUAGGACUCAAACUGCAUGGGUCCAAAAUGGUAUUGAUAUCAACUAUGAGACACUUAAGUGUGGUUGGAUUUGUAUAGAUUGAAAUUAAUAGUGUGUUUUACUUGAUUUAGGGAGAUUUGUGUUCCACUAUCUUCAAGUUUUUGUCUUUUGUCAAUAAAGUGUCUGGAUCCAUGACUUUCUCAUGUUUUUUUGUUCUUAAUUCAUAAAUUAUGAGUGUGUUAAGAGGUACAGAAAUGGAGAUCACACUUAACUUUUUUGACAUCCAG